AUGUGCAACUUUCUCGAAUACAAAGAUGCUAAAGUGGUAUACCGCCGAUACGCAUCACUCUUCUUUGUAACUGGGAUCGACAGCACAGACAACGAGCUCAUCACAUUAGAGAUCGUACACCGUUACGUCGAACAGAUGGAUAAAUAUUAUGGGAACGUGUGCGAGCUGGACAUCAUAUUCAAUUUCCAGAAGGCAUAUUUUAUCCUGGAUGAGCUUUUGAUUGCGGGGGAGAUACAGGAGAGCUCUAAAAGGACCGUCUUGAUGUGUAUAUCGCAGCAGGAUGCGCUUGAGGACACCGAGGCGAAUCACGAAGGAUUGGUAAGAAUGGGAUUUCAAUGA